AAAGGCCUCUAGUGUCCUAGCUCUAGAUUGAUUUUUCACAUUAGUACUCCCAAAAAUCUCCAAUAAAUCAGUGGACACAGCCUCACUCCUCUGCAUGCUUCAUUUUCUAUAAUUUCUGGCAAAUUAAAACACAUAAAGAAAUACUAGUAAAAAUGAUGUGUGUUAGUAUGAAUUUGUUGAUGAGGGUAUGUUUCUUUCUGGUCAUCAUUUCCAAAUUAUGCAAUGGGUAUUCAAUAAAUCAAGUGAAGUUGAAUUUCUAUCCUCCAUCUUGCGAAAGAAUUGAGUGUCCAAAAUAUGAAUUGAUUGAAUCUGGUAAAGACUAUGAAAUUCGUAGUUAUAAUUCGGCCAUGUGGAUAUCUACUGCUCCCAUUGAUGAUAUUUCUCUUUAUUCGGCCACCAGAACUGGUUUCUUCAGGCUAUUUGAUUACAUUCAAGGGAAGAACAAUUACCAGGAGAAAAUAGAGAUGACAGCUCCAGUUAUCACUCAAGUGAAGCCAAGUGAUGGACCUUUCUGUGCUUCCUCAUUUGUUGUUAGCUUCUAUGUACCAAAGAAGAACCAGCCAAAUCCUCCUCCAGCUAAAGGCCUUCACCUCCAAAAAUGGGGCAAAACUUAUGUGGCCGUCAGGCAAUUUGGCGGAUUUGUAGCUGAAGUUGAUGUUGCCAAAGAAGCUGCAGCCCUGAGUGCAAGCAUUGCUGAUACUAAAUGGGCAGCAGCCGUUGACAAAAGCCAUGCUGCAGAUAAUACUACAAUGUAUACAGUGGCGGGAUACAACUCUCCGUUUGAGUUCAAGAACAGAGUUAAUGAGAUAUGGUUUACGUUUGAUUUGGACGAAGCAUCUGCCAUUUGAGAGGCGCUUGUUCAAGAAUAGAGUUAAUGAGAUAUGGUUUACUUUUGGUUUACUAUCUCCUUAAUUUUCUUGUUUUGUAUUAUCCACUAAAGGACAGUUGACAAGUCCUAGUAAUUUUGUAUAACCACAAUGCUACAUUAUGUACUGCAAAUAAGAUAGGUUGUAUAAUACAAUCUGAUUCUGAGAA